AUGGCAAACACUGCCAAUGGCUUUGUGGCCGAAGGAGAGGCCUACGACAAGAUUGUCUACGUGAGCAAAGUUCGAUUGCAGGAGUUGAAAAAGAAAAUGAAUGGAAAAAGCAAAGGUGCUGACAUUACUAGCGAGGACGUGAAGGGUUUGAUGUACCCUGAUGACCUGGAUGAUGAGUCGGUGCUGAUCCCGGUGGAUGUCACAGGAGAAGAGUGUCCCACCAGCUAUGAGGACCUCAUAGAGAAGGUGGGCGCCCUUGGAGCAGUCAAGGCUAUGGUGAAUGCGGCGGACUUCUUCGAAAAGAAUAAGAAAAAGUUCAGUACAGAACAGUUGCCGCUUCCAAUGACUGUGGGUGAAUGGAUGUCAUUUUUGAGUACGGAAGAAGGUCUUGAUGAGGAGGGUGGAGAAGAAGAAGAUUGUGAGGAAGAUGAGGUUUACGGGGCGGCACGACGCUUGCAGGACACCAAGGGGUUGGGCUUGCUGGGCUGGAUAUCAAGUGAUGGACCAACCCCAGUAGACUUGGACAAGAUCUACCUGGCCCCCCAAAGAAUCCACGGUGUGAUGCCAGUGAGCUUCCAGGUUUUCUUGAUGCCGGAGGGGCCGGAGGGGUGUCAACCCACGGACUGUCAACCAACCGCCACCGGAAUUUACGCCGGUGUCACCAUCUCCAGAGUAGAGAUCAUCAUCGACCCGGACAGCUUUAACGCCCCGGGCGCCAAGCUUCGAGUCGUCUUUGACUCCGUGGAUCGCGCUGGCGCCAACGCGGGACAGUGUCGCUAUGGGAACUUCGCCUAUGGUGCACACUCCGCCAUUGUGAAUCAGCCCUGGUCCGGCGUCGGUGCCUCCACCAUCACGCAGGGAAUCACGGCAGGAAGUUUGCAGGCGAAAGUCGAUCAGCAGACCUUCAUUCCAUUGACGUUCAAGAUGGGUGGCAUUUACCACAUCUGCUACUCUGACGACGGUUCCUUCGCCCCAGCCCACACCGACAUCGUGCCACAGCGCAUCGAG